UCAACUUUGAAUAGGAUACAAAAGAAAAGAUUAAAAAAUAUAUAUUUAUACAAAAUAUGUUUAAUGUAAUAUAUCCUAACGCACAAUGUCUCCUGAACCUACUGAAGAACCUAUAGAAGAAAGUUUAAAUGUACCAAAUUUAACCGUUGAUACAAGGAUGACAACAGAUUCUGAAAGUGAAGAUGAAGAUGUUGGAAUGACUGGAUAUAUGCCAUUAUCUCAAUUACCUACUGAUAGCGAUCUUAUAUUACAAGACGAUGAAGACGAUGAGUGGAUAUCUGAAACUGGAGAAAUGAAUCAUGUGAUACCUGUAUCAUUAAAUGAUUCACAACAGCUUUGUUUUAGCGAAACAAUAGAAGUAUGGUCAUCUCCAUCUAAUAGAUCUAAUAUAGACAUGGAUGCAGAUAAAAUUAAUCAAGUUAAAUCAAUGAUGGCUAGUUUUACAUUACCGUCCACUGCAAUUCCCGAAUGGGCAAAUACUAUUUCUGAGGAAGAAUGGAAAGAACAAUUAAUUGAUCGUAUAAAAGAGAUGCAAAAUAAAGAAAAGUCAGACUAGAUAGUUUAAUAAUAUCUUUUACAUAUUGUGCAUAAAAUUAUAUUCAAAAGAUUAAAACACUAUCAAACAUUCGUAUUAUCGUAUAGUUUACGAAAUUUAUUUUUUAAGAUACAAUAUUUCUUGUGUCAAAUAUAAGAAAAUAUCAUAUUUUAAAUAUGUGCUAUUAUAAAUAAUGUAUGUUACGUGAAUAUGUCCGUAAUUAGCGAUGUAUUAAACUAUAUUUAAUCUUAA